AUGAGUGCGAGCAAUGCAAAAAAGAAACGACCAGCCCCAACACAACAAGUAAUAUCAACAGCACAAACCAAUGUAAUUAAUAGUCUUCUUGAUUGUUAUGAUUUUGUUGCAACAAAUGAAUAUUCGGAGAAAACAAUUGGUAUAGCAGCAUUUUUAACACGAAAAUCUGUUGGUGAUAUAAAUUUUUCCGAUAUUAUCGAUGAUAGUGAAAAACGAAGUCGUCCAGGAACACAAACAAAUUUUAUUGCAAUGCUAGAAGAUAAACGUGUUAGUCUACCUGAAAUUGAUGCAUCAGUUGAAAAAUGUUUGAUGCUAACUCGAUUAAUAAAUCUAAUCAAAGACGACGAACCAGCUUUUGCAAAACUUAUAUCCGACAUACGACUUGAUAUGCAAUUUAAAAUGGUCGAUGAUUAUAUAGCAUCUUCUAAUUCUUGUGAUUUUCGAAGACGAGAACAUGAAUUCAAUAUACGAAAAACUACUCAAGAAGUACGACGUCUUUUUUAUCAAAAUGAUGCUGAAGCGAAUAAUCCUAAAAAUUUAAUUUAUUUACAAAAUAGAACUACCGAACAUUUGAAAUCUCUAAUGAAUAGAAGUGCUAGUGAUUCAAAAGCUCGUCAAUCACUUCAGAAUGAAUUCGAAUCAAUAUUUCGAAGUUCAUUUAUGAUUGUUGCUCAUCCACAUUCAGGUGUUAAUCCAGUGACAAUAUAUGAACGAAAAGGUCCUGGUGCAUAUACAGCUAAAAUAUCUGUUACUAUUGUUUCUCUAUUAUAUGAUUUUAUGCAACAAUAUCCAAAUCUUAUAGAACUUUUUGAUAUUGAACCGAGUUUAUGUCCAUCGUCGAAUUACUAUAGACUUGAAGAACCACGUUCUCUCUCUUGGAAACCUUAUCAAUUAGUAAUCGGUGCAAGUGGUAGAUCACAUACAUUUCUUUGUGCUGAAUUAUCAUCGAUAACUAUUGAGCAAGCAUCAAAAACUGAUACACGUGUUCGAUUUGCUCAAUUAAUACAUUCAUUUAAAUUUGCUAUUAAACUUCAACUCAAUUUAGCUGAUAGUAAAAUGUCACCGAUAUUUCAAAUUCCUUUGGAAUCAUUAGUAUUUGGUAUUGGUGCUCAUAAUAGUCAAAUUCCUCAAUUAUUAACACGUGUGAUAUUAGAAGAUAUUAAACGAUUUUCUAGAAUUCAACCAGCUAGUAUUGAAACAAUUCAAUAUUUUAUUCGACGUUAUUUUAUUCAUCGAACUGGUGUUUUCCCUAGUGAUUGUGUUAAUGUUUAUCUUGAACAAGAAUUAACCAAAGCUAAAAAUCAUAGAAGUAAUUACAAAUCAAUAGAAGAUAUUUAUCUGGAUUUUCUUGUCAAUUUUGUACAUCAAGUCGAAUUUAUGGCUAAACAUCCACUUCUAGCGAUGUUUCAUGCUGAUCAUCUUUUUCUUGGCAUAUGUAAUAGUGAACGAGCAGCUGAAGCUAUUGUUCAAUCAUCUGUUUCUGGUUCCCCAGUGAUUGCACUUCGUUUUAAUUCAAUUCGUAUCGAUUAUAAUACUAUUGCAUCAUCAACCACUACUAGAGCAAUUAAAUUUCCUCCAUGUGCCGUUCGUGUUGAUAUAUAUAAUGAUCGUACAAAAAAAUUGCAAAAUCGUACAUUUGAUUCUACUGUACUCUCAAGUGAUAUAAGCAAAUUUGUGGGGUCAGCUAAUGCCGAGAAUGCACGUGCUAUACGUGUUCUAUCAAAUUUUGAUGAUAAAACAAAUGGUAAACAUUAUAUAACAUUCGGAGCAUUUAGUAAAUACUAUCAUGAACGAUUAACACAGAUACUUAAAGAUGAUACCAAAUAUAAACCAGUUACAGAUCUUGUUGAAAAUGCGAAUGUUGGAAAUACUGAUGAAGAUGUUCAGGAGAAUGACAGUCGAGAUCCUUAUAGUUUAUCUUUAUUUAGUCCAAAUUCAAUUCAAUCAUGGUCACCAAUAUCACCCAGUGUUUUUGAUGUUGAAUCUAGUCGUGGUUCAUCAAGUAUGCAUGAAUAUGAAUCCUUACCAUUUGAAGAUUCAAACAAUGUUUCUUCACCACAACAGAAUGUUUUACCUUCACAUAAUCAACAACAACCGUUAUAUGUAAAUGGGAAUAAUCAAGAAGAAAUAAUAAGACAGCUUCUUUCUCGUCCUGAGAUCGCUGAACAAGUCAUGCGUCAAUAUGGUGUUUACAAUGGAUCAACUCCGAUAGCAUCACCACAACAAAUGUCACACUCACCAUUACCACAACAAACAUCACAUUCACCAUUACCACAACAAGUAUUACACUCACCAUUACCACAACAAGCACUACACUCACCAAUACCAUUUCAAACACAGCCAUUAUUAUCUCCACAGCAAACUUCAAAUCAACCUCCAUUACAAGGAACAUUUCAACCAGUACAUCGUCAAAAACAAACACAGAUGCCAUUUCAUCAACUGACAACUCAAUCACAACCACAACAACGACAAACAUCAUCAUCAGUAAUUCAUUAUUACCCAAAUGAUUCAAAUCAAUCAUCAUCAAUACAAAAAACAGAACAAUUUCCGUUUACUACAACAGAAAGUCUUCAAUCGAUGACUCAACAAUAUUUACCACAAAUUGAAAUUUUAAAUCUAUCUGAUGGGAUUACAAAUCAAUCAACUACAGACAUGAUUCAAUCACAAAUGCCAGACGCUGAGAUUCAAGAACUCGUCAGUGAUCCAGCAUUUCAACAAAUUCUUGCUGAACUAAAAAAGACUUAA